CCGCCGGUGUUUCCUCCCUCCAGCACCGCGGAGGGAAGCGGGCUGUGUGCCCUGGGAAGGCACGGCGAGGCCGUGCCGCUGCGUGCUGGAGGGGCAGCUGGGCUGAACUCCGCGCCGUGCAGCUGCCCCGGGUUGUCCUGUCCCGUCCCGGGAGGGCGGUGCCGAGCUCCGCUCCGCGCCGGCUGCCUUCACCUUGCCCCACCUCGCCUCCGUGCCCGCCCGCCGGGGCGGGGUGCCGCCCAGCCGCGGAGGCGAGGGGAGCAGCGCGGGAGGGAGCCGCCUCACUGCGCCCCCGGAGUUUGCCCAACUCCUUGCGAUGGGGCGCGGCCCUGCCUGAGCACCUGCCGGCGGGCACCGGCUCCCCACAGCCCUCGACGCCGCUAUGGAGAACCUCGCGGGCAGCAGCGGCGCGGCGGAGCCGGCGCACCCCUGCGCGGAGCCGGAGCUGCCGGCCGCCGGCCCGGCGGAGGCGGUGGCGGCGAACGGUGGGGAGGCGGCGGAGGCCGGCGCGGCAGCCCCGCGGCCGCGCUGCCUGCGGGCCGUGUACGUGCUGAACGACCCGCCCAAGGGGGGCGCCGGGGCGCGGAGCCCCGAGGCCGGGGCGCGGCAGUGCCUGCUGCGGGCCUGCGAGGCCGAGGGGGCCCAACUCGGCACGGUCAACUUCGGGGAGCUGGACUUCGGGGAGACGGCGGUGCUGGACGCCUUCUACGACGCGGAUGUUGCAGUUGUGGACAUGAGUGAUAUUUCCAAGCAGCCAUCACUGUUCUACCACCUUGGUGUGCGUGAAAGUUUUGACAUGGCUAACAAUGUUAUACUCUACCAUGACACUGAUGCUGACACUGCUCAGUCUCUCAAAGACAUGGUAUCUCAGAAAAACACAGUUGCCAACCACAAAACUUUUCUUCGGGUUCAAGUACCUCCUGAAUACUGCAGUGGUAAUUUGAUAGGCAAAGCUUCCAGUGGCAAUUAUUAUUUUAUUCCAUACAUUGUCACUCCUUCUGCUGACUACUUCUGCUGUGAAAGUGAUGCCCAACGAAGAGCUUCUGAAUAUAUGCAACCCAGCUGGGACAAUAUCCUGGGGCCACUUUGUGUCCCACUGGUGGACAAGUUUAUCAGCCUUCUCAAGGAUGUUCAUGUUACAUCAUGUGCCUAUUAUAAAGAAACACUGCUAAAUGAUAUUAGAAAAGCUAGAGAGAAAUAUCAAGGAGAUGAACUGGCUAAGGAACUGGCCAGGAUUAAGCUUCGUAUGGAUAAUACUGAAGUGCUGACUUCUGACAUUGUCAUAAACCUGCUUCUUUCUUAUAGAGAUAUUCAGGACUAUGACGCCAUGGUGAAGCUGGUGGAAACACUAGAAAUGCUUCCAACUUGUGAUCUGGCUGAUCAACACAACAUUAAAUUUCAUUAUGCUUUUGCGUUGAAUCGAAGAAAUAAUGCAGGGGACAGGGAGAAGGCACUACAAGUUAUGCUUCAAGUCCUGCAGACAUGCGAUCACCCUGCUCCAGAUAUGUUUUGCUUAUGUGGGAGGAUCUACAAGGAUAUGUUUCUUGAUUCUGACUGUAAAGACACCAAUAGUCGAGAUCAUGCCAUUGAAUGGUAUCGGAAAGGAUUUGAACUACAGUCAACUCUGUAUUCUGGAAUUAACCUUGCAGUUUUGUUACUUGUUGCAGGACAACAGUUUGAAAGCUCAAUGGAACUGCGGAAAAUAGGUGUACGGUUAAACAGUUUAUUGGGAAGAAAAGGAAGCCUAGAAAAAAUGAACAAUUACUGGGAUGUGGGACAGUUCUUCAGUGUGAGCAUGCUGGCUAAUGAUAUUGGUAAAGCAGUACAAGCAGCAGAGAAACUUUUUAAGCUGAAACCUCCAGUAUGGUACUUGAAAUCAUUAGUUCAGAAUCUGAUGUUAAUUCAGCGUUUCAAGAAACUCACCAUAGAACAUUCUCCUAGACAAGAAAGAUUGACUUUCUGGCUAGAUAUAAUUUUUGAGGCAACGAAAGAAAGAACUAAUGGACUGAGAUUUCCAGUUUUGGUGAUAGAACCAACUAAAGUCUAUCAGCCUGCAUAUGUUUCAAUCAACAACGAAGCAGAUGAGAGGUCUCUCUCUUUAUGGCAUGUCUCUCCCACUGAAAUGAAACAGAUUCAUGAAUGGAAUUUUACAGCUUCUUCCAUUAGGGGAAUAAGCAUUUCCAAAUUUGAUGAACGGUGUUGUUUUCUUUAUGUCCAUGACAACUCUGAUGACUUUCAAAUCUACUUUUCUACAGAAAACCAGUGCAGUAGAUUCUGUGGGUUGGUGAAAGGAAUUUUGUCUGAUGCUGUUGGCAGUACUUUGGAAUUAGAAGGAGAAAUAGAUGGAGACACAUUGGAGUAUGAGUACGAUUACGAUGAGAACGGUGACAGGGUAGUUCUAGGAAAAGGUACUUACGGAAUAGUUUAUGCUGGAAGAGACCUUAGCAAUCAGGUCCGAAUAGCCAUCAAAGAAAUACCUGAGAGAGACAGCAGGUAUUCUCAACCUCUUCAUGAAGAAAUAGCACUGCAUAAAUAUUUAAAGCAUCGAAACAUUGUCCAGUAUCUUGGAUCUGUUUCAGAAAAUGGAUACAUUAAGAUUUUUAUGGAGCAGGUACCAGGAGGCAGCCUCUCAGCUCUCCUAAGAUCUAAAUGGGGCCCAAUGAAAGAACCUACCAUUAAAUUUUACACCAAGCAGAUUCUGGAAGGUCUCAAGUAUCUCCAUGAGAACCAGAUUGUACACAGAGAUAUAAAGGGUGAUAAUGUUUUGGUGAACACCUACAGUGGUGUGGUAAAGAUAUCUGAUUUUGGUACUUCCAAAAGGUUGGCAGGAAUUAAUCCAUGCACCGAAACAUUUACAGGAACCUUGCAGUACAUGGCUCCAGAAAUCAUCGAUAAAGGACCACGAGGAUACGGUGCUCCAGCUGAUAUCUGGUCACUGGGCUGUACCAUUAUUGAAAUGGCAACAGGCAAACCUCCAUUUCAUGAACUAGGGGAACCUCAAGCCGCGAUGUUUAAAGUUGGGAUGUUUAAGAUUCAUCCUGAAAUUCCAGAAUCACUGUCUGCUGAAACAAGGGCAUUUAUUUUGCUGUGUUUUGAACCUGAUUCUAGCAAACGUGUUACAGCAUCUGAUUUGCUCAGAGAUGCCUUCCUGAAACAAGUAAACAAGGGCAAGAAAAGUAGAAUUGCAUUCAAGCCUUCAGAUUAUAAUCGUAAUAUAUCCCUCCCACUGCCAAUCCAUGGAGAACAGGCAGGCAGUAGCAGCAGCGAGCAUGGCUCUGUUUCACCAGACUCUGAUGUGCAGCAUGACAUGCUUUUCGAAAGGCCAAAGAGAUCCAUUUCAGAGAUUCAGACAAAGCAUCCCAUCUCCCAUUUACUAAGUGUACCCGAUGAGGGCUCGGCCUCAGAGGACAGGAGCGCCUCUUCUUCCCUUGAGGAUAAGGAUUCUGGUCUGUUUCUGCUGCGGAAGGACAGUGAACGCCGAGCAAUCCUCUAUAAAAUCCUUAAGGAAGAACAGAAUAAAGUUGCUUCCAAUUUGCAGGACUGUAUUGCACAGAGCUCUGAAGAACUGCAGCUUUCAGUGGCCCACAUCAAGCAAAUUAUUGGGAUUUUAAGGGACUUUAUACGCUCUCCAGAACAGAGAGUGAUGGCUUCUACCAUUUCCAAGUUGAAAAUGGAUUUGGACUUUGACAGCGCUUCCAUCAAUCAGAUUCAUCUGGUGCUGUUUGGAUUUCAGGAUGCGGUGAACAAAGUGUUAAGAAAUCAUUUAAUAAGGCCCCACUGGAUGUUUGCAAUGGAUAACAUAAUUCGCCGUGCAGUCCAAGCAGCAGUCACUAUUCUUAUUCCAGAGCUUCGAGCUCACUUUGAGCCAGCAUCAGAAACUGAAGGUGGGGACAAGGAUGGCGAGGAAGCAGAGGACAGUUACCAGCCCACUGAACAAAACGGGGCUGAGGAUCCCACCGCCGUCACGUCAGGAGACAGCACCCUUAGUUCGGUGGCGUCACACGAGGCUCAGCAGCAGCUUAGCCUGGAGCUGGGCAGACUUAAACAAGAGACCUUAAGGCUUUUGGAAAACCUUAUUCAAAAGGAGAAAGAGUAUCAGACCCUCUUACGACAAUCUGUGGAACAAAAAACUCAGGAAUUACACUGGCUUCGAUUAAAACUUAAACCUGAAGGUUCCCAACAGUCUGCAGCAACUUCUAAAAAGAAUGCAGACCCUGAGCUCAUGAACUGGCUGACACAACACGGAGCAGACUUGGAUGACAUCAAGAGGUUUGCUGAGGAAGAUUAUACACUAAGUGCUGUCCUUAAUGAUAUCACUAAAGAUGAUUUGCGGUAUCUUCAACUCCGGGGUGGUCUCCUCUGCCGAAUCUGGAAUGCAAUAUUAAACCACCGGCAAACAUCUGGGAUGACCUCAGUGCAGAAGGUUAAUACUUUGGAAGGAGAACAUGUAAUGGGAAUAAACAAAUGAAAGAUACAUUCCUACCCCAUAAAUUAUUAGAUGUAUAUAUUUAUGUAUAGUGGCCUUGCAGGUUUUGCACAGUUAUGUAGCUUGUUUGACCAUCAGUGUAAUACAGGGUGAAUAGUAACAGCUUUUAAGCCGGUGUCAAUGCACUUAAAUGACUUACGAUAUACUACUGCAGAAGUCAACUCCCUGUCAAUGUCAUAAAAAGCAUUAGCUGAGAAAAAAACCCUUUUCUGCAAAACAGGUACCACACAUCUGAAUUGGCUUCAGCAUUGUGAAAACUGUGAACUUAAGAUGCCUUACAGUUCUGCUGGCUAAUGGUUGGAGCAGGGAGGGGGCUAUGCUAGAGCAUGUGUCACCUCUUCAGAGGUGAAUGUAUAUAGCUUUUUGUAUUAAAGCUACUCUCACUGAA